AUGAAUAGCACUUCUAGAGCACAGCAACGAAGUAAUAGCUCCUCCAGUAGAGAGCAGCACUCUGCUAGAUCGCCUUCAUCAGAUGACACUGCGCAACAGCCGGUCUUGACUCGGCAGUUCAAGUUGAUUUCGGUCAAUUUCAAAGAGGCCGCAUUAGAUAGUCCCAGUUUCCGUGCCAGUGUCAAUCAUUUAGAUAUACAAGUUGAUAAUAUCGAGAAAUGGCUAAUUGCAAUCUCGAGUUCCGUUAAGAAGAUCCCUCGUUAUGUUAAUGACCUCCAAUCGUUUUGCAAUUCCUUUUUGGAGCAUUUAACCCCUACCUUUUUACAAGAAGGGUUGAUCGAUCAAGAAUAUACGGUACCAGCUCUUCAUACAACCUUGGCUGGACUCAAGAAGAUAUGGGGGUUAAGUUUUCAAGCACUUAAUGUGAAUUUGCAUGCAUUGGAAGAAAUCGAUUCAUUCAUAUAUAGCGAAGUGCCUCGAUAUAAAGAACUACGAAAGAAAUUUGACGAGAAACAAGCGAAAUAUGACAAGUAUUUGAGUGUUUAUGUGUCAAUACCAAAGGCAAAAGAAACACCUAUGGUGAUGGAUGAUGCCAGGGAACUCUUUUUGGUGAGAAAGGAAUAUAUCCACGUUUCUUUGGAUUUAAUCAUUCAAUUGCAAAAUUUGGGUAAUAAAUUGAAUAAAUUGUUUGUCAAUAUGAAUGCUGAGUUGUUCAGAAGCAAAUGGAAUGUAUUUUCUCCUUUGAAUCUGGAUAGUACAUUUCGAGACCAGUGGGAAAAGGUUCAGAAGAUCCAACACUGGAACGAUUCUUAUGCUACCGCUGUGGAUAAGUUAACACCCGAUAUGUUGUCUGCCCGAGAACAGGUGGAAGAAGGGUGUCAUAUCCAAUUCCAGCCUUCUCUUAAUGCAGAUGAUUACAGGACCUUCUCAAUUAACGCCAAGUCCUUAGAUGAUAUUGAUGAACAAGGAAUAGAGAAGCACGGGUAUUUGUUUAUGAAAACAUGGACGGAAAAAUCUUCAAAACCUAUCUGGGUAAGGCGGUGGGCAUUCAUCAAAGGUGGUAUAUUUGGAUUGUUGGUUCUAAGUCCUUCACAUACAUUUGUCCAGGAGACUGAUAAAUUGGGUGUUUUGUUAUGUAAUGUGAGGUAUAAUCCCAAUGAAGAUAGAAGGUUCUGUUUUGAGGUUAGAACAAGUGAUAUUACCUUAGUAUUCCAAGCAGAAUCCCUUAUUGAGUUGAAGUCUUGGAUAAAAGUCUUUCAGAAUGAAAAGAAUAGGGUUUUGGGUACUGAUGAAGAAGAAGGGUUAGUUAAAAUUGCUUCCGGAAGGUAUCCUCCCAUAAUUUUAGAACUUGCUUCAACUCUUAGCACAGUUAUGGAUCGAGAAUUUACCAGCACAAGAAUAGUCAAUGCCGAGGGCCAAAUCAUUACUUCCAGUACAUUAUCAAACCACAUUGAAAAAAACGAAAAGUACUUUCAAAAGUAUAUCUAUUUUCAAAUUCCAAGAAUACGUCCACCGUUCAUAACUGAUACCACAAAAUCAUCCAUUAUUGCAUACAGUCUUGCUUCAGUGACCUCGGUACCGACUGCAUUGACUGCCAACAUUUGGGGAUCAGUUAACUGGGGGAUUUAUUACUUGCAUGAUUUAGUGCAGGACGGUCCCCCAAUUUCAACUUACGGAAUUGAACCUGAUCACGAAAUGAUUGAAUAUCAAGAGGACAAUCUUGGGAAUGGGAUUUAUCAUCCAAGUUACUACCCUAAAGAACUUGUCAGUUUAGAUAUUCAGAUGAGAUCGUUGUUUGAAUCAGCAAUUGAGCCAGGAGAAUAUUGUAUCCUUUCUUUCAGUUGCAUUUGGUCUCCUAACUCAAUGCAGGAGUUGGGAGGAAGAUGUUUUAUUACAACCCACCGGAUGUACUUUUACAUGCAGGCCCUGGGAUUCAUUGCAUUGUUUAAAGGAUUUGUAGGACUGCUUGUCUCGGUAGAUUAUACUUCACAAAAGCAGUAUGAUCUUUUGAAGAUUUAUAAUGUGAAUGGAAUUAUUAAAAUGAAGUUGUUCUUGGAUGAUGGGAAGCUCAUCAAGAAAAAAUUGGUUUAUAUAAUCAAUAACGUUGCCAGCGACAAACCAAAACCUCUUAGAGAAGUUCUUGCGGAAUUAGCGGAGAUUGAGGUCAAGUUAUCCAAGGGAUUGCCCAGUAGUGAGAAGAGAUUGAUUCUUGGAGAUGCGUCUUCACUUGUUCCUGCCAUUGAAGGAAAGCAAAGCGUACACAAGGUUGAUUUUAGUGAUGAAUAUGAUCUUGUUGGGGACCUGACCUUUGAUCUACCACCAAAGGCAAUUUUUCAUGCGUUACUUGGUGAUAAUUCCGUUAUUUUCACCGACGAAACGGUUUUCACAGUAAAGGAGUAUUAUAUCAAGAAGCCAUGGAGAACAUCGUCUCGUGGCACCUUGUAUCGAAAACUCAAUGUUCCAGCAAAAUAUGGGACAAAUCUCGGAGAAGUUCACAUUCGACAAGAGAUUGACAAUAUGGAAGAUAAUUCAUAUUAUACAUUCACCUAUGCCCGGUCAAAGUUUACAUUCUUCUAUGGACCUAGAUUCUCCGCCAUCUAUAAAAUAGUUAUUGUUGGCAUUGCCGGGAAACGUUCACGAGUUAUGUUCUAUUGUAAAGCAGUGUUUGAUCGUUCUACAUUCUACAAUUGGAUGCUCAAGAGAUUCUGUGUGCGAGUAGAUAUGAGCCAAAUUAAAAGGAUUCAGAAACGUCUUAAACAAGCUGAAAAGGAAGUUGGAAAACAUGGUAUGAUUGUUAAAUCUAUUUACUUGUAUGGAAAGUUGAGUCAUACCGAUGAACCCGAGGAAGAAUUGCCUGAUGGAUUGGUGAAGUUUGGAUUCGGUUUUGUUGCCCGAUUUAUGCUCAUUAGAAUGACUAAUAAAGCUGUGACAACUACUUAUAAUACCAUUAUGCAAAUAUUGAGAUUAUUGAUAAUAUUUUUGAAAUCGGUUAGAAUGAAUCAAUUUUUGCUUUUUAUUAUAUUUGGUUCAACCUUGCUUAAUUUGUACUUGUUUGGAAAAACUACCACUAGUUAUUGGACUGCUAAAAGGGCAAAUCAGCUUGCGCGUGAAUAUGUUACGAAAGAUCCAAUCGUAUUGCAGCGUUCUGUAUACCUUAAAGAUAUCCAAGAGCACGUUAAUAAUAGAAACAUCAGUUUUGGAAAUCCUAAGGUAUUUGGGCUAUUCAAGAAUAUCUCAUUUGUGCACAGCUUUAAUUAUGAGCCCCAUUGGACUGAUGAUUACUUUGAUGACAAUACCAGAGAUGUCGCCAAACAAUUACGAUUAUCAUUUCAAGAGAUUGGUGUUAAGAGACACGAGUUAUUGGUCAAAUUGAACAUUUUAAAUGAUAUGGAAAGGGAAAUCGCCCAAGCGGAAUGGAACAACUGGUUGAUGAGCGAGGUACAGCGGUGUGAUUACUUGAAGGAGAAUAUCUUGGAUCUGCUAAAAAUUGAUGAGAAUGUGGUUAAAGGAAUUGAAACGGUCAUGGGAUUCUGUGAAGAGUGUAGAGAAGCCUUAGCGGGAUUAAUAUAAGCAAAUGAUCUCAGUGGGUUCUUUCCAAUAAAGUUUACUUCUAUUUGUUUCUAUAUCGAUACCAAUAAUAGUCUUAUAUAUAUAGAUCUAAUUAAUACCCCUUUUCAGCUAGAUUAUUUGCAAUUUCUAAAUAUAGCAAAAUUGGAUUAAAUGGUGGAUCUUGAUUGAACAUGAUUUUUGUAAAAGUAUCACGGGCAUUAUUAGUCCAAUUAAUCAAGUCCAAAUGAUCUACCUCAUCGAAGGUGCCCAUAUACUCUCCCCAUUUGGAACUAUCAACACUGACCAACCCGUCAUUAUCAACCAAUUUUUGAUAUUUUGAUUCAUUGCUAUGCUUGGACUGAAUUUUGAAUUUGGUAAUUAGCCAAGUCAAGCCAAAGAAGUUAUACCAACGAGGAUUGAAUCGAGCACCAUAGGAAAAGUACGCUACUUCGGGGUCAUCCACCACUAUUUUGUUGAAUGUUGCCAUAUUGGUCGUAGUCAUGUCGAAAAUCGAUCUGGGGACUAGUUGAGAAAGCACCGGUCUAUUUCCCACAAGAUCCACUAUGAAAUCAGCGCAUUCGGACCCGUGAUGUGGUGUGGAGAUCGUAGUCAAUGAUGAUACUUUGUAAUGACUUUUGUCGUUCUGCAAUUUUGAAAUCAAAUAGCGGCUGUCCAAGCCACCCAUUGAAUGGCUUAUCAAAUUCAAUGUGACAGGGCUAUUU